UCUCAUUUGUUUGUCUGUUGAUAAGGUUUUGAAAAUUUUCAAUUUCAUUUUCGGUUGCAAAUCCUGGAACCAAAUUGAAAAAAGCAAAUAUAGCAAUGUUAUCAUCAAGGUUAUUGUUGGGACGUUUUAUUCGUUCAACAAUGAUAAUUGGAAAUGAAUUUCAUCAUCUUGCUCCUGCUGUAUCAUCAUUUCAUCAAAUUAUCCAUCAUCCACCGCCAAUGAUAACAAUACCAAUACGAUCAUUAGCGAAAGGAAAAGAUCGUAUCCGAGAGAAAAAUCGAACCGAUCGACCAAAAGUAGUGUUGACUGAUGAUGAAAUGGAACAAGUUUUGCAAUAUGAUGAACUUCGGUCGCAAAUCGAUGAAAUCAUUGAUGAAUUUAAAAAUGAUUUGAAAUUAAAUUUCAAUAUUAAACUCAACCCACGUGUGAUUGAAAGUUUGGAAAUAUGCUAUGAAGGAAUGCGAGUUACAUUGGGUGAUAUUGUCAAUAUUGUCCGUAAACAAAAUGAUCUUAUUAUUAACCUAUCGGCCACACCAUCGGCUGUCAAACCAGCCUUGCUGGCUAUUCAAGAAUCAGGUCUGAACUUAAAUCCACAACCAGAUGGUAAUGUAAUCUAUAUACGAAUGCCACGUAUAACCACCGAACAUCGUCAACAAUUGAUCAAAUCGGUUCGAUUAGCCGGACAAAAAGUCAAAGACCAAAUCAAAGAUAGAAAUUUGCAUAAAAAAUUUAUGGAAAAGGAUUUAAAACGAUUGAGCAAAGAUUUGGUGAAUGAUGCUCAAGCUAAUUUAAAUUAUUUUAUUCGAAAUAAGUGUGCCGAAAUCGACGAAAUUGUACGACACAAAGAAGAAUCAUUAACCGGAUGAUAUUAUUAUAAUGUUUAUUAUCAAUUUUUAGUGCAAAAAUUAAUUAAAAAAUGACUUUAUUUUUAAAAA